AUGGCUGCUGUAGAAACAUGGACAGUAGCCAGCCUGUUGUCUGGUGCGACUGUGUAUCUUGUCCUAGCCACCGUGGCUGUUCUCUUCUACUUUAUCUACAGCAAAUUGAGCACUGACGACAACUGGGACAAGUAUGGCGUCAAGCAGGUCAACAUGGGCCUCACAGACUUCCGGACCGCAUGCGCCGACCUCAUUCAGCAGCACGGGGACACUAUUGGGGUGAAACGGUUCCAGAUGCAGCUUAUCUCCCGUGACCUCGAUAUCCUGAAGAACGUCAUGGUGAAAGAUUUUAACAACUUUGUGGACAGAAUGACAGUGUUCAGGACCAAAUCAUUAGUGAAAAAGGGCCUCUUCUUCCUCGAAGGAGACGACUGGAGACGGAUACGACAUGUUCUGUCGCCUUCAUUCGCAUCCGGAAAACUAAAGCAUAUAUCAAAGACAAUAGACGACACCGCAGUCAAGCUGGCAAACGUGCUGGAGCACUGUGCCAGGACCAACAAAAACGUGGAGAUCAAACAUUUAACUGGCCAGUACACCAGUGAGAUCAUCGCCAAGACAGCAUUCGGCCUCCAAACGGAGUGCCUCGGCGGGGAGGAUGACCAGUUCACCGACUACUGCAAGAAGUUAUUUAAGUCCAGGAGUUCACUUAUGACCAAGGCUAUGAUCGUUUUGUUUCGAUUUCCCUGGCUGCACAGUUUUCUGUUGAAUACGCUAGGACUGACAAUGUUUGACACAGUCAACGAAGAGUCCAAUGAAUACCUGACCUCCACCCUGCACAGAACACUGGCUGAAAGAGAGGAGUACGAGAGGUCCCAGGGCAGGAAGCCCACGGACCUGCUACAAAGUCUGGUGUCCGCCAAGAUGGCCGGCGACAGAGAGGAGGCCGUCAAUGCCACUACUGCUGCAGACAGCACUAAGACUGAUCCCUCUGACAGAAUACCGAAGACAAUGACACAGGAUGAGCUGAUUGGACAGUCAAUCCUCAUUAUCUUCGCUGGAUUUGAGACAACGGCCACCACGCUGCAGUUCUGUCUCUACCUGUUGGCCAAACACCCAGGUGUCCAGGAAAAACUGUAUGAAGAAAUCCAGACGGUUGUCUCAGGAGAGAAUCCGACACUGGAAGAACUAGGGCAGCUCCGAUACUUGGAACAAGUGAUCAAUGAAACACUCAGACUCUUCCCUCCUGCUCCAAUUAUGAGCAGAAAGGCUGCAGAGACAAGAAAGUACGGCCACAUCACUAUCCCUAAAGGAGCAGUCGUCAUCAUCCCUAUCUUCCUGGUUCUGAAAGAUCCAAAACAUUUUCCAGAUCCCGAAAAAUUCGACCCGGAUAGAUUCACAGAGGAAAACAAGGCAACAAGAGAUCCAAUGGCAUUUAUGCCCUUUGGUUAUGGACCCCGUUUGUGUCUUGGGAUGAGGCUGGCCUAUCUCGAGCUAAAGAUAGCACUAGUGCAUGUUCUUAGAAAGGUCACAUUUGAGCUAAAUGACACGACAGUUCCUAAACUGGGCGGGGACAUUGAAAUCAAGAAAGGUGCUCCUCUGUUGACCCCAGUGGAGCCAGUACAGUUGUGUGUCAAACAAAGACACCCGUAA